AUGACUCGGAAAUCGGCCUGGGUGCGAUUAAACCCCACCUUCUUUAGUCUUGUAAAGCCUAAAAGCUUGUCUGCCCAGUGUAACUCCAGCAAGUCGUUGGUGGUGUUCAGCUCUAAUUUUGAAGAUGAUGAUGUGUAUGGCCAAUCAGUAGAAGAUGAUUAUUGCAUUUCUCCUUCAACAGCAGCUCAAUUUAUCUACUCCAGACGAGACAAACCAACAACAUUUGCGGAGCCAUUAGAAGAGGAAUAUGGCUAUGAAGGUACAGGUGAUGCUGCUGAUUAUUUUACAUCCAGUCAUCAGUUGACUGAAGUUGAUAGAGCCCGUCUUAAUUCAUGCCUUGAUCAAAUGAGAGAAGUUUUGGCAGAGUCUGUACCAGAGCAAACAAUGGUGCAAGCAGUACUGGAUAGUAAAUUUGAUGUACAGAAGGCUUUGGAUCUUGUACUUUCACAAGGCAGUAAGCAGAAUGUGAAGACCAAGAAUGAGAAUGCUGUGAUUGUAGGAAAGACGACAAAAGAAAUGUGUAUUGAUACAGACAGCUUUUCUUAUGCAGUAGAAAAUGUUGCUGACAACACCAGCAAACCUGGAUUUGGAUACUUGACAACCCAAAGUAGUUUAGAUUAUUGCUCUUUAAUUACAAAUGACAAAAUGCUCCUUAAUGCUGAAAAAUCCCAUAUACCUUCAUCUGAAAGGAAGGGAAUGAAAUCCUCUUCACUUGUUCUGUCGUCUUCUUUCGGUGAUGAUUUGUUUAAAGGAUCGUUUUGUGAACCUGUGAAUAAACAGGCAGAGAAUCGGCUACCAGAAAGUGCUAAUGCAUUAAAUUCGAUUCCUGACAGUGAAGAUGUUUACUUUAGCAUAGGAAGUAACCCAUCUGGAAAUUCUUCUUCUAAGAAGUUGGAAUUCAAGGAAACACAAGACUUGAAAUCCUUGCUGAUGCAGAGUGCAGUUUCUGAUUCUCUGAGUCCUGAAGACAGCAUUCCUCUUGUUUCCUCAAAUACUUCUGAUUGUAAUAGUAAUGCAAAUUUUGACCGUCCUCCAUGCUUAACAAGUGCUUUAGGAAAAUUGGCUCUUGGUAAUGAAGUCAGUCAUGCUAUAAAUAAAGAGAAUGAACUUCUUGAGAAUUUUUGUUCACUUGUGCAAAGUAGAAAACAAGAAAGCCUCCCUUCAGACAGGGCUGCUUUGCCAGUGUUUAGGUCUGGAAGUACAUCAUUGGCUGAUUUACUGCGGGAGCACCAGGAAGGCAGCACUAGCCACUGCUACUCUUUGGCUGAUCUUUAUACUGAGUCAACAGGAAGUCUCACUGAUAGGAAAUUGGGGAACUCACUGUUAUCAGAACUAGUAAGUCAACCCCUGACUUCAGGUGGGAUGCCAGAGCUAACAGGAUCUUUGUCUUCUCUUGCCGUCUCUAAAGUUUCUCCUCCAAAGGAGGUUGAGAAUUUAUCACUCUCGGAUUUAAUAGCAGAGACUAUUGAAAUAGAUAAAACGCAACAAAGGACGGACUUCCCCAUGCUUGGUGUAACUGAGUCGAGGCCCUCUAAAAGAACAAAUAUUGAUUUAAGUGUUCUUGUAAAAAAUGCAGUUGUACCUGCAGAACAAAACGUGGUGGCGCAGUCAAAUAUCUUCAGCCCUGAAACAAAACUUGUAAAAGAAGAACAGGGAAAGUGUUCAGAUUUUGUCAAAACAAAUAAAAAACCCAAGAGAGGGCUUACUCCUAAGAGGCAGGAUUUGUCCCUUUCGUGGAUAAAGGCGCUGCGCGCAAGACCUUCAGCUUUUGCUUUAACCUUGUGUCUCCGUUACCCUCCCAAAAGUUACAAGCGGCGUGCAAUUAGUGUACAUAAAGCUUUCCUGUACAGUAGACAAGUACAAGAAGAAAAACCUAAGGAAGCUGGUCCUAUAAUAGCCAUAACGCCAUUUGACUUCAAAUCGGCAUCUCCUGAUGAUAUUGUGAAAGCUAACCAAAAAAAGGCUUUUACAAGAGAGUAG